AUGGCAAUGUCUUUGAAUCCCUUCACAUCGAUCAUCUUUCAAACUGCCACGGUGGUGACCACCAUGGGUUUUACCCCGGCUCGGUCCAGUCUGAGGGUUGGUGCACUGAUCAUCGUCGCACUGUGCACUGCCCACUGUAUCUCAACCGCAUUACCUUAUCUCGUUCGCACACCAUGGGCUAGCCUCGCGGGCGGUUAUUCGGUUAUGUUACUACUUCAAUAUGUCGACAUUGGUUUGUUGACGCACUGGGAAUUUCCACCAGCCAAGCAUAAAAAAUCCUGGGCUGCCCGAUUGCGGUUUGGUAUUUGGGCGGCCUUCAAUGCGCGAUGUCUGGGGACUCCGGACCAAAUACGCCACAUCCCUGCCAUCACCUACAACCAAAGCACAUUUCUCCGUCGAUCUGCCGGUAUUAUCCUCCUCAGUUAUCUGGGUCUCGAUGUACUCGCCUCGAUGAAUGAUCCUGAGGUGGGAUCUCGCUUUCUUGUGGCAUCCCACGUGCCAGUAUUUCGGCGGCUCUCCGAAGUUACAGUGGAAGAGAUAGUCAUUCGAACCUUUUCCGGUAUCGCGGCAGGAAUAGGCCUAUUAUCAAGCCAGGCUGGAUCCUACUAUCUUUUCGCAUUCUUCAGCGUGCUUUUGAAGUGGAGUACGCCGCAGGACUGGCCUCCCUUCUAUGGAUCGUUGUCGGACGCGUACAGCUUGCGGAGACUAUGGAGUCGUGUGUGGCAUCAAUCUAAUUCCCAUAAGUUCCGUGCGAUCUCUCGAUUUUUGGCCAACGAUAUCCUUCAUCUUCAGCCAGGAACACCUGCGGAUCGAUACGCAAGGGUCUUGACAGUAUUCCUGGCUUCAGCCUUGAUGCAUUUUCUCGUCGACCUGUCGUCAGGGUUAUCGCCCUCCAACUCUGGCGCUGUCCAAUUCUUUAGCACGCAAGCAUUCGGCCUGAUGGUCGAAGACUUGGCAAUUAGUGCGUACUCUGCUCUACGCGGGGACAGGCUCUCUCCUAGACAGCCAGCUUCGCGAGGAGAACGGAUGAUCGGGUUCAUCUGGGUUGGAAGUUUCUUGGUCUGGUCGUUUCCUGCAUAUCUAUAUCCAAUGUUGUAUCGCGCCAACGCGGGUCUCGAUGACUCGGUGGUCCCGGUGAGCGUUGUCGGGCUAUUGAGGGGGCUUUUCUGA